AUGGCGUCGUUGGUGGAUUCUUCUAGUUGGAGCCUCGUCGCCGCGAAACCUACGUCUUUCAAGCUCAAGGAUUUUCUUCUUCAAGACGAUUUCAGCUCUUGCUCCUCUAAUGGCUUCCGAUCGUUUCCACGAAGCCAAUGCUGCACCACAACCGUCCGAUUUCUCCUCAACAACGAUUUCAAACGGACAGAUUCUUCCGUAACGAAAUCAUUACCUCCUCCAACUGCCUCCACCAGAAUCGCUCUCCCCGCGGUCUCCACUUUGCAAAAGGCGUCCAACGCUGUUGUCAGAGCAUUUAAGCAGUUUCCGUUGCGCAGGAGUAUUUCGCGGAAACUGAUUCUCAUAUCCUUUUGGAAGAAAUCGAAUGUCGUUGAUUCCAACGCCAAACGCUGGAAAUCGUUUCGGGAAUUUCUCGAUGAGAAAGAACCGCCGUCGUCGUCGUCUGACCACGAUCACGCCGAUUCCGCCGAUUCCUCGGUCAUUGCUGUCGCUGCAAGAAACUCGAUCUGUAGCUGUAGUAAUAGCAUCAGUUGGACGGAGAGCGAAUUUACAUCGGAGAUGAUUCCGUCGUCUUCGAGCGGUAAUUUCGACAGUUGCAGCGAAAUCGACGCCGCCAAGGACGAGAAGGAUUCGCCUGGUAAUCUCAUAGCCAAAACAGAUGGCAUAGCGUUGGGAAAAGAUUGCAUUGAAGAAACAACCGCCGCCGCCGCCACCACCGCCGCCUACCCGGAGAAAGCUAUUAAG